AUGUCUGCAACAGUGAAGUUACUUGAAGGUUGGACAAUACCGGAUAAUACAUUCUACCCGCUCCGCCUGAGCAGCAUCGGGAACGACGAUAAAACCGUGUUGAUUGUGGCCGGAGAGCAACAGAUUUACACUUUGGUUAUAAAAAAAUUUAAAGACACCGUUCAAUCCAGCAAAACCCCCCAUAAAACAUCCUGCAUUGCGUUGAAAUCGAUUGGGACUAUUGUAGAUACGGUGAUAACCGCUCAAAACACAAUUAGUUGCGUCGAUAGUGGACAACUGAUUUUGUUUAGUUCAUUCCGCGAAUGUGUUCCUGUGAAAGCGGAUGUUAUUUACAUCCGCAUUGGAAAUUUGUUUGUAUCGGCUCACUGGAAAAAAGAACAAAAUGUGUUUAGCUUUAGAUCGAUUUCGCCCGGUGCUAUGAUAUUACUAAAACGGACACUGCAUGCUAAGCUGGGGCAAUCUUUAAGUGCAAAAUUAGCAGUACUGAAGGUCAUACAAUCGGAGCUAAUGCACUGCGAACCCCAGCAGGGUAGCCUGACCAAAUUCUACCAGCAUAUAAGAACGGCUGCUAACACGUGAUUGUGACAUACGUACAAUAUUUGGCUCAACGGGUUCAACCGAAGGGUGAA